AUGACGAAGAAAAAGAACCCGCCUGGCAAGAAUCAGAGGGAUGACAAGACGGCGAAGAAAAUCCGCGACGAGGGCGCCGAGAAUUUGCGCCACAAUUUCGAGCCGAAGAAACAAGUCCAUGUGGACGAGAAAGGCAGAAAGCUCACUGUCGUCAUGGGUGGAGAAACGGAAAUGAACUUUCUCUGGGAGCAGAUGAAAACAACGCACGCGCUGCAAAGCAAGUCGGACAGUAUCGCAAACGACGUCGAGGUUCUGCGGGCGAGCCUCGCCGACCCUCAGAACGCUCAAGAUGGGAUCCAGGAAGACUUUGAGAAACUGGAGCAUGAGGCUGAAGCUCUCCAGGGUCCCAUGAGAGACACCAUUUUUGAGAAACAGAAGGCGAUAGUGGCCAACCGGGGCAUCCACGUUUUGGACUUCUUCCCACUCCACGCUGCAGCUACCUUCAAGAUGGACGACGACGAUAUUGUGACUGGAUUUGAGAAUGAACUGGCCAAGAUUGAGGGAAAGAUGAAGGAUUUACGGCUACGACUCGCCACGGAUGACUGA